AUGGCUUCUUUGGAUAUCUUCCUCUUCUCUCUCAGUACAGCCUUUUGUACUCCUUUCGCCGUUUACAUUCAGAUCCAGGGAUGUUUCAUUUGCUUAACACUUGCGCUUGGGUGGGCUCUUGCUUCUUAUGUUAGGAACAGAGAGAUAAAACAAAUGAAGGAUGCUAUGAAGAAUGGGAAUAGUUUAUCUUUCCUUUGUCAUGACAUUAAUGAACUUGAGCACUCCUAUCAGGCCAAUCUUCCAAGGGUAACAGUAGUUAUGCCCCUGAAAGGAUUUGGGGAACACAAUCUCCACAACUGGAGGAGUCAGAUAACAUCUCUUUACGGUGGCCCUAUAGAGUUUCUUUUUGUGGUAGAAAGCACAGAAGAUCCUGCUUACCGUGCAGUAUCACGGCUAAUAUCAGAAUUCAAGGAUGAUGUUGAUGUUAAGGUUAUCGUAGCUGGUUUAUCAACAACUUGUAGUCAAAAAAUUCACAAUCAAUUGGUUGGGGUGGAGAAAAUGCACAAAGACAGCAAGUAUGUAUUGUUUUUGGAUGAUGAUGUUAGGAUACAUCCUGGAUCAAUCGGAGCGCUCACUCGUGAGAUGGAGAAAAACCCUAAGAUAUUUAUUCAAACUGGAUAUCCUCUUGAUUUGCCAUCUGGAAGUCUAGGGAGUUACUGCAUCUAUGAAUAUCAUAUGCCUUGUUCGAUGGGAUUUGCCACUGGUGGGAGAACAUUCUUUCUGUGGGGAGGCUGUAUGAUGAUGCAUGCUGAUGACUUCAGGCAAGAUCGUUAUGGUGUAGUCUCGGGACUUAAAGAUGGUGGAUACUCCGAUGAUAUGACUCUUGCAGCCAUAGCUGGGGCUCAUAAAAGACUUAUUACUUCUCCCCCAGUUGCUGUCUUUCCUCACCCCCUUGCCAGUGAUCUUAAUUUUGGAAGAUACUGGAAUUACUUGAGGAAACAAACAUUUGUUUUGGAGUCAUAUACAACAACUGUUAACUGGGUGAUGAAUCGUGCAUUGUUUGGUGUUCACUGCUAUUUGUCAUGGGGAUUUGUAGCACCAUUCUUUAUGGCAACGAUUCAUCUUGCAGCGGCAUUUAGAUUUUAUAGUUUGGGAUACUCACUUGAAGAAGUGACCUAUACUCCUGCUGGGUUAUCACUGGUGAGCUUCCUAGCCAUAUGCACUCUUGUGGAACUUCUUUCAAUGUGGAAUUUGACAAGGAUAGAAGUUCAACUAUGCAACAUGCUGUCUCCAGAGGCACCACAACUAUCUCUUGCUGCCUAUAAUUGGUGUCUUGUGUUUAUUGCGUUGCUAGUGGAUAAUUUUCUAUACCCUCUGUCUGCGAUCAAGUCUCAUUUUUCUCAAUCUAUCAACUGGUCUGGUAUUUGGUACUAUUUAAAAGAUGGAAAAAUUAUUAAGAUUGAAAGAACUGAAAGAGGCAAGGAUAUGACUCCAGUUUUCACAGACUUGGGAGGGAAACAUUUAUACGGAAAGAAAGGGAUACCUGCCAAAGGUUCAUUCAUCAGUUCUUUGUCCAGAACUCUUGCACAAUGGCAUCAACCCAAAAAAUUUGAUAAUUAG